GCAGCGCUUUAUUCUUCCAAUAUUCCACCAGUUUAUUAUCUAUCAUUACUAUUAUAAUGGCCGACAAGGCUAAUAAUUCUGGCCAGUCCCUGUCUCCGAGCACCGUCCGUUCGCAUAUUAGCACAGACACCGCACCAGUCACCGAUAUUGAGAAGCAGCCGAAUCAGCCGACGCCAAUCGUCAUCAAAAAAUCGUCCAAUGGCACUGACAAGGGAUCCAACCUUACCUUGCCCUCCAUUGCCUCGCAAAUAUCGCCGUUCCGCCGUACAGUCGUAUUCAUUUGUCUUGCUUUGACUAUGCUCAUGGCCGCCCUGGACAUGACCAUUGUAACCACGGCAAUUCCCAAGAUUUCAGAGCAAUUCAAGGCGCUGUCCCAGGCAACCUGGAUCGCAACCGCCUACAUGCUGACAACAACAGCCCUGCAGCCGCUAUAUGGCCGCCUCAGCGACACAUUCGGCCGCGUGCCGACGCUUAUUAGCGCGAUUGUGAUUUUCAUGGUUGGCAGCGGCGUCUGUGGCGGUGCUAGCAGCAUGGGCAUGCUUAUUUUCGGACGCGCGCUGCAAGGGGUCGGUGGCGCCGGUCUUAUGGCCCUUGUGUUUAUCAUCAUCUCCGAUGUGACAUCCGAGGAAGAGCGGCCGGCGUAUCUGGGUGUCUUGGGCGCCGUGUGGUCCAUUGCCUCGGUCAUUGGCCCUGUCCUUGGUGGUGUGUUUUCGGACAAGGUCACUUGGCGCUGGGCGUUCUACAUCAACCUGCCCAUUUCCGGCAUCGUGCUCAUCAUUGUCAUAUUGUUCCUGCGGCUACCGCAGCCCACGGGCUCGUUCUGGGAAAAGCUCAAGACGGUCGACCUUUUGGGGUCUCUGGUCCUAAUUGGUGGCAUCGUCAUGAUACUCCUGGCGCUGACAUGGGCCGGCAGAUCCUUACCAUGGAAAUCCGCGCGCGUCAUCUGCUUGCUCGUGUUUGGCAUCAUCAUGCUGGGCCUCUUCAUAUUGGUCGAGUGGAAGACCAGGGCCGUGCCCACGGUGCCGCUGAGAUUGUUCCGCAACCGCAACGUCAGCGUGUCUGUUCUGGGCCAGUUCUUCAUGGGCAUUGCCAUGUUCUCGCCCUUGUUCUUUGUGCCAAUUUGGUACACGAUCGUCAAAAACUCCAGCUCUAUUAGCGGUGGCCUGCACCUUUUACCGUACUUGCUCGGCGUCUCACUGGUUUCGGUGGCUUCGGGAUUCUUGGUCAUGAGAACAGGCAAGUACCGCGCCAUGGCCAUUGUCGGAACCGCUAUGUUUGUCGUUGGAUCUGGACUAAUGGUUCUAUUCGACGAGAAUAUCAGCAAGGCAAAGCAGAUCGGAUACAUGUUAAUCAUGGGUGCAGGCCUCGGCUUCAACAUCCAGAUUCUUCUUAUUGUCGUUCAAACAGCAUCCAAAACAGAGGAUAUGGCCUUAUCCACCACGCUGUUUCUCUUCAUGCGGGUCCUCGGAUCCAGCAUCGGCGUCGCCAUACUGCAGACCAUCUUCCAGAACGAUUUAUUGCCCAGAUUGUCAGCGCUCGCAAUCGCUUACCCCAUGUACGCCCAGGACUUUAUGAGCUCGAUUAAUGACCAGAGCGCUAUUUACCGGAAUACGACUAUGCCUGAGGAUGUGCGCACACAGUUCAUUCAUGUAUACGUGCUGGCUUUGCGCAAAGUGUUUAUCGCGACGGUUCCGUUCGCGUUUGUCAGCUUCUUGUUGACGUUGCCGCUCAAACAUAUUCCACUGCGUGCCGGCACAAAUUUAUUUGCUGGCGAGUAAUAAAAAAUAAGGUUACAAUUUUAGAAUAUAAUAAAAAUUAUCCAGCCUUGUUGCGCUUGGAUGCUGCACCAGUCUUUGGAUCAU